AUGCUGCCCAGCUGCAUGAUUGCCUGGGUUCUGAGCAAUAACAUGAUGAAGAUGAAGAACGGCUCAUUUUCUGUAUUGUACCUCCCUGAAAGACCUCCACGGUCUGUGCUGUCCCUGCGGGCCGCUCUGACAUUUGUGGGACUGGUUGUGUGUGGUGUGGUUCUUGAUGGCAUCAAGAAACCCCGGUCACAACGAUACGAAUCUCUUAAGGGGGUGGACCCCAAAUUCUUGAGGAACAUGCACUUUGCCAAGAAGCACAACAAGAAAGGCCUGAAGAAGAUGCAAGCAAACAACGCAAAGGCAAUGAGUGAGCGAGCAGAGGCCAUCAAGGCCCUUGUGAAGCCUGCAGCUGUUAAACCCAAGAUGCCAAAGGCCUCCAGCCACAAACUCAGCCGCCUGGCUUUCAUUGCUCACCCCAAGCUUGGGAAGCAGAUUCAAAGCUACAUGGCUAAGGAUCGUAGGCUUUGCAAAUCAAAGCCCAAGGUUCAAACCAAGGCAGAGGCCACAGCUCCAGCAAAGGGCAAGGCUCCAGCUCAGGCUCCCAAAGGUGCCCAGGCUCCUGUGACGGCCCCGUAG